AUGUCACUUGCCAUAUUGCCAUCAACGCCCAUGGUACAUACUUCAUCGCACCGGCAGCAUGCGUCGCCCAAACGACCAAAGCUAUCCCUCAACACAGCCAACGUUCCGUCAUCGUUUGGCAAGAAAUCGACCAGUCUGCGACUUGACACGUUAUCAACAACUUCACCCACUUCUCGAAACACAUUCCGUAACGCAACAUUACCAACACAAGGUACUACGGGGUUGAAAACACAACAGCCGCCUUUGGCCGACCUCGCGAUCGAUACAUCGCAGGAACAACAAGAGCGACACCCUUCGCCAACAGACACGGCAACCUCGAACGAUUCCGCUUCGUCUGCCUCAUCGAUCGAGUCGACUUCCGGUGAAGUGCCCUAUCGUCUAUCACGCAGUCUUACUUCGAUCCUGAAGAACGGCCCCCUCCCUCACAGUCCUCGUCAAAAGACUUCCUUCGCUCAAUCAAAGCCCGCAAUGUUUCCGCCGGCAAAGAAGGUUGCGUUCCGAACACCGUUGGAGGAAGAGGUGAUUACCAAGAAAUACACCCUUCGACAUAUCGACAUCGCGUCAUCAACAUCAACGAUAUCGACUUUGGAGYUAUCCCCGACAAAGAAGGAAGCCGGACCUUGUGAUUCACCUAAGGAGGAUGACCUAAAGCCGAGCAAGAGUGUAGACGUAGCAACGACGAAGAAGCUGUCUGGACCACAGCCUGGCGAAAAGAGGGAAUCUUCAGAUGAGGAGGACAGCGAUACAGCGGCUUCCACUCCAGUCGCCGGUCGAAGGAAACGCUCCCGACGCUGGGUGUGGACCUUACCACAUGCUGCUCCCUCUUCACAUGAAGAUGAUCGAACGCGUAGGAAUGAGACUGUAAGGGCAUGA